AUGAUAUGAAUUCACUGAAUAUUUAUCAAACAUUGUGGAAUUUCAAAAGAUAUUGAUAAGGAAUAAAAACAGGCAGGGAAGAACAGUGAUUUGCGAUUAAUUUGAAGUCUGUCUUUUUUAACCUGCAGUUUUUGUAUAACAGCAGUAAAUGAAAGUGAAACUAAACUACAGAUUUAGCAGAAAUCAGUACUGAGCUCAAAACCAACAGAGACGGAAUGGCGUCUGGAUCUUCUCUCCUGGAAGAGGAGCUCUCCUGUCCUGUGUGCUCUGAAAUCUUCAGGGAUCCUGUUGUCCUGAGUUGCAGUCACAGCUUCUGUAAGGCCUGUCUGCAACAGUACUGGGAACAGAAGGGAUCUCGGGAGUGCCCAGUUUGCAGGAGAAGAUCUUCAAAAGAACAUCCUCCCUGUAACCUGUCUCUGAGGAAUACCUGUGAGGCGUUCUUAAAGGAAAUAAGUCAGAGAGCUAAAGCAGGAUCUGAAGUGCUCUGCAGUCUGCACAGUGAGAAACUCAAACUCUUCUGUUUGGUGGAUCAAAUACCCAUCUGCCUUGUCUGCCAAACUUCAAAAAAACAUGAAAACCACAAACUGCUACCAGUUCAGGAGGCAGCAGAAGAUUAUAAGGAGAAACUCAGGACUGCACUGGCUCCACUGCAGGAGAAGCUUAAAGCCUUUAAUGCAGUGAAACAAAUCUGUGAUCAAACAGCAGAGCACAUCAAGAGCCAGGCCAAGCACACAAAGAGACAGAUAAAGAUGGAGUUUGAGAAACUUCAGCAGUUCCUUAAAGAUGAAGAGGCAGCCAGGAUCACUGCACUGAGGGAGGAAGAGGAGCGGAAGAGUCAGAUGAUGAAGGAGAAGAUUGAGAAGAUGACAGAAGAGAUAUCAUCGCUUUCAGAACAAAUCAGAGCCAUAGAACAGGAGCUGGGAGCUGAAGACAUCUCAUUCCUGCAGAGCUACAAGGACACACAAAACAGAGCCCGGUGCACACUGGCGGAUCCAGAGAAGGUCUCAGGAGCGCUGAUUGAUGUGGCCAAGCACCUGGGCAAUCUGAAGUACAGAGUGUGGGAGAAGAUGCUGGGGACUGUUCAAUUCACUCCUGUGACUCUGGACCCAAACACAGCACAUCCCAACCUCUCACUGUCUGAGGAUCUGACCUGUGUGAGACGCAGUGGUGAGAGACAGCAGUUUCCUGAUAAUCCAGAGAGAUUUGAUUGGUGGCCGUGGUGUGUGCUGGGCUCUGAGGGAUUCAGCUCAGGGAGACACUGCUGGGAUGUAGAUGUGGGGGGUGAGUACUGGGUGGUGGGUGUGGCUAAAGAGUCCAUCAGCAGGAAAAGGGCUGUGAGUCUGCGCCCAGCAGGAGGAGUGUGGGGUAUACAGCGGGUCUGUCAGCAUUAUGAAGCCCUGACCUCCCCACAUACAACCCUCACUGUGCAGAGGGAACUCCGGAGGGUCAGAGUGCAGCUGGACUGGGACAGGGGGGAGGUGUCAUUCUCUGACCCCAGUGACAACACUCCUCUCUACACUUUUAAACACUCCUUCACAGAGAGAGUCUUUCCAUUCUUCUGGCUUGGUUUAAUGUGUACCGAUCCACUGAAGGUGUCCAGUGUAUCCCCCAGGAUUUCAUUUCCAAACACAUGCAGCCGAGGUUAUCGGGAGAACCUAAAUUUCCCCUCAGAUUUAGCAGAAGCCAUUACUAAGCUCAGAACAGACAGAAUGGCGUCUGGAUAUUCUCUCCUGGAAGAGGAGCUCUCAUGUCCUGUGUGCUCUGAAAUCUUCUGGGAUCCUGUUGUCCUGAGUUGCAGUCACAGCUUCUGUAAGGCCUGUCUGCAGCAAUACUGGGAACAGAAGGGAUCUUGGGAGUGCCCAGUGUGCAGGAGAAGAUCUUCAAGGGAACUACCUCCCCUUAACCUGUCUCUGAGGAAUACCUGUGAGGCGUUCUUAAAGGAGAGAAGUCAGAGAGCUAAAGCAGGAUCUGAAGUGCUCUGUAGUCUGCACAGUGAGAAACUCAAACUCUUUUGUUUGGUGGAUCAAAUACCCGUCUGUGUCAUCUGCCAAACUUCAAAAAAACAUGCAAACCAUGAACUGCUACCAGUUCAGGAGGCAGCAGAAGACUAUAAGGAGAAACUCAGGACUGCACUGGCUCCACUGCAGAAGAAGCUAAAAGCCUUUAAUGCAGUGAAACUAAUCUGUGAUAAAACUGCAGAGCACAUCAAGAGCCAGGCCCAGCACACAGAAAGACAGAUAAAGAUGGAAUUUGAGAAACUUCAGCAGUUCCUAAAAGAUGAAGAGACAGCCAGAGUCACUGCACUGAGGGAGGAGGAGGAGCGGAAGAGUCAGAUGAUGAAGGAGAAGAUUGAGAAGAUGACAGAAGAGAUAUCAUCCCUUUCAGAACAAAUCAGAGCCAUAGAACAGGAGCUGGGAGCUGAAGACGUCUCAUUCCUGCAGAGCUACAAGGACACACAAAACAGAGCCCAGUGCACACUGGCAGAUCCAGAGAUGGUCUCAGGAGCGCUGAUUGAUGUGGCCAAGCACCUGGGCAAUCUGAAGUACGGAGUGUGGGAGAAGAUGCUGGGGACUGUUCAAUACACUCCUGUGACUCUGGACCCAAACACAGCAAGUCCCAACCUCUCACUGUCUGAGCAUCUGACCAGUGUGAGAAGGAGUGGUGAGAGACAGCAGGUUCCUAAUAAUCCAGAAAGAUUUGAUAGGAGGCUAUGCUAUGUGCUGGGCUCUGAGGGAUUCAGCUCAGGGAGACACUGCUGGGAUGUAGAAGUGGGGGGUGAGGUCUGGGUGGUGGGUGUGGCUACAGAGUCCAUCGGCAAGAAGGAGGCUGAGGAUUUAAUCCCAGGAGAAGGAGUGUGGAGUAUAGGGCAGCUCAAAGGGACAUACGCAGCCCUGACCUCUCCACGUACACCCCUCACUGUGCAGAGGGAACUCCAGAGGGUCAGAGUGCAGCUGGACUGGGACAGGGGGGAGGUGUCAUUCUCUGACCUCAGUACCAACACUCCUCUCUACACUUUUAAACACUCCUUCACUGAGAGAGUGUUUCCAUUCUUCUGUCCUGCUUCUUCGUCUCCACUGAAGGUGUCCAGUAUUUCCCCCAGGAUUUCAUUGUAGGCAGGGGGGGUGAGCGGGGGCCUGGGUGGGG